CUCUCUCCCCGCAGCCGUUGCCGUGCAUGGAGAAGCCAUGCCCCGGGCUCCAGCCAGCACCAGGAGACAGAUUCUUUUCUGGCCGGAGGCGCAGAGCGGGGUGACCUACCGGAUCCCGGCGCUGCUCUACCUCCCCCGCACCCACACCUUCCUGGCCUUCGCCGAGCAGCGCUGCUCCGUCAAGGACGAGGACGCCAAAUGCCUGGUGCUGCGAAGGGGCCGGAAGCAGGGAGCCUCGGUGAAGUGGGGGCCCAUCGAAACCCUGACGGCAGCCGUGCUACCAAACCACCGCACCAUGAACCCCUGCCCAGUGUACGAGAAGGACAGUGGGACGGUCUUCCUGUUCUUCAUCUGCGUGAGGCAGCGCGUGACAGAGCAGCACCAGAUCCGCACCGGGAGGAACGCCGCCAGGCUGUGCAACGUCGCUAGCAGGGACGGCGGCCAGACCUGGAGCCCGCUAACGGAUCUGACGGAGCAAGUGAUCGGGGAGGACCUGAAGAAGUGGGCCACCUUUGCGGUGGGGCCAGGCCACGGGGUGCAGCUCAGCUCUGGGCGGCUGGUGAUCCCAGCUUACACCUACUACAUCCACACCCGCUUCUGCGGCAUUCCUGUGUCCUGCUUCACCACGCCCCACUCCUUGAUCUUCUACAGCGAUGACCAGGGCCAAAAGUGGCAUAAAGGCAAGCUCCUCAAGGGCAAGAGCACAGUGGAGUGUGAGGUGGCCGAGGUGAGAGACGCGGACAGAGGCCCCGUGCUGUACUGCAAUGCCCGCACCCCGGGCAAGUGCCGGGUGGUAGCGUUCAGCAGAGACCGCGGGGUGGAUUUUGCAAGACCGUCACAGUGUACGGAGCUGUGCGAGCCGCCUCACGGGUGCCAGGGCAGUGUGGUGAGCUUCUUGCCAACAGAAGAGCCUGCUGCGGUGGAUGGUGUGGAAGGGACGGGCCCUGACGUGGGUGAGAAGACCUGCUUGGCACGCUGCGGGAAUGCCUCUUCCACCACCUGCCACGGUGCCACCUCGUGGCUUGUCUACUCCCACCCCACCAGCAGACGCAGGAGGGUCAACUUGGGCAUCUACCUCAACAAGACUCCUUUGGAGACGAGCAGCUGGGAAAGCCCCUGGGUCCUCUACCAAGGGCCGUGUGGGUACUCGGACCUGGCCGUGUGCGAGGAGUCGCCACCUCUGUUCGGCUGCUUGUUCGAGUGCGGGGUGGUCUGCCCGUGCGAGCAGAUUGCUUUUCAGUUCUUCACCCAACAGGAGCUGGAGAGCCAUGGGCGCUCCUCUUCCUCCGAGCAGCAGCCAGAGACAAAGAUGGAUGUUGACCAGACAGGGCCGUAUCCCAGGCAGGAAGAAUCGCCUAAAGCUCUUCAUCUCGGUGCCACGGGGGGCCAUUGAAACCACAACGCCUGCUCUUCCAGAAUCGAUCUCCUUGCGCACCUCGGGACAGCUUUUAGGGGAGCUGAGCCUCCGCACUCCACGUGCACCUGCGGGUGCUCAGCCCUUCCAGCCCAGUUAAGCUCCCACCAAUCCCAGCCUGAUUUGCUACCAGGAGCCUCCAGACCAGCUUUUUUUGCAAGGUGGUUCAUUUUGGAGCCUCACGGGGCUGUUCUCCGGGCACCAGCUUACAUGUAGUACAGCCUAGACUGUUUGGUUUGGAAAUCCACUAAAAGCACCAGAUUCUGGGCGGGUGUAAAGUGCAUAGCCCUGUCGCCUUUAAUGGGGCUGGUUUACAGCCGGCCAUGAUCUGGGCCUGGGUUGCCCAGUCCAUGGUCCACAGUCAACCCUUGAUCUGUCUGCUGGGACUGACAGCCCUCGUGGUGUGGCCUGUCACCCUGGGACACCCCCCAUCCAUUAAGAACCAUGCUCUGUCCAAAGAGAGCUUGCUUGGAGAAGGGAAGAAAGGCAAUGAAAAGGAGUAUCUGCAG